AUGUCUUCCGACAACGAAAACCUCUCCUUCAUCUUCAAGAAAAUCCCCGACGGUGCCCCCGUGCCCGGCCAGGACGUCGUCGUCCAAGACGUCGGCCUCGACGCCGCCAAGCUCCCGGCGGAUGGCAUCGUCCUUGAAAUGCUCUACAGCAGUCUAGACCCCUACCUCCGCGGCCUCCUGCGCUCCCCCGAGAAGAAAUCCUACUUCCCCGCCCUCCCACUCAACGGCCCCAUCCUCAGCGCCGGCAUCGGGAAGGUCCUCGAAUCCAAUGUCCCCAACUUCCAAGCCGGCGACCUCGUCCAGGGCCGCCUCCCCGUCCAACAACGCGUCGCCGUCAGCGGCGACCUCCUCAAAGGCGUCCGCAAACUCGACACCACCAACGGCCCCGACGACCUCAGCACCUACCUCGGCGUCCUGGGCAUGCCCGGCCUAACCGCCUACUCGUCGCUCUACGAGAUCGGCAAACCUCAAAAGGGCGAGACCAUCUUCGUCUCCUCGGCCGCCGGCGCCGUGGGCCAACUCGUCGGCCAACUCGCCAAGCACGAAGGCCUCCGCGUCAUCGGCAGCGUCGGCUCCGACGAGAAACUCCAGUACAUCAAAUCCCUCGGCUUCGACGACGGCUUCAACUACAAGUCCGAAAAACCGCUGGACGCGCUGAAGCGUCUGGCGCCGGAGGGCAUCGACAUCUACUACGAGAACGUCGGCGGCGAGCAGCUGCAGGCCGCGAUCGAGUGCCUCAACAAACACGGCCGCAUCGUCGCCUGCGGCAUGAUCUCCGACUACAACGCGCGCGACGACAGCGAGAGGUACGGCGUCACGAACCUCAUGCAGGUCGUGGGCAAGCAGCUCACGAUGCGCGGCUUCCUCGUCGGGGACGCGGACAUGGGGCCCAAGUGGGCGCAGGAGCACCAGGAGAAGGUGAGGCGGUGGUUGAAGGAUGGGACCUUCAAGGCGAGGACGCAUGUGUGGGGGAUUCAGGAGGCGGACAAGGGGUUUGUGGGCAUGUUGAGGGGGGAGAAUUUGGGGAAGGCGGUCGUCAAGUUGUGA